AAGAAAGAGUCAGACUCUCAGCAGCAGCAGUCAGCAGCGCGCAGUGAACCGCUCCUGAAGGAUUCUUAACUUUUUAUUUUCCGUGUAAUUUGAGCUGAAGCUGUUGUGAGAUCAGCCUGACGAGGUUUAAUAUCACAUUCAGCGAAGAGCAGAAACUUUGACUGAGACUUCUCUGGAUGAUUUUACCGUCAGCUGAGCCGUGUGCAGCAGGUGAAGAACCGUUUCAGAGAUCAACAAGCAGCUCAGAGUGAAGUGAAGCUGACACACACAGAGCUGGAGAGAAGGCAGACAUCUGUACAGCUGAUAUCUCCAACAAUCAGCAACUCACACCAAAACUAUCUAGACUGAUAAACAGCACAACAGACUCUCUCUGUGUGUCCGUCUGAACAGGUGAUCCCAGAGCAACUCGUCCAAAUCCAGCUCUGCUCUCUCCCAUGGCUGCCAACGACACCCCUCAGGGCUGCGGCCCUAACGUGGACUCCCUCUACUACAACCUGUGUGACCUUUAUGCCGUGUGGGGCAUCGUGCUGGAGGCCUUCGCGGCAGCUGGCGUCAUCUUCUCCUUUGUGCUUUUCCUCUCACUGCUGGCGAGUAUUCCCUUCACACAAGACAAGAAUCGCAAGAGCUCUGUGGCUCUCAACGCAUGGUUCCUGGUUUGCACCACCGGUCUCUUCUGCCUCACCUUCGCCUUCAUCGUGGGGAAGGACUUCUCCACCUGCGCCUCACGGAGGUUCCUCUUCGGGGUGCUGUUUGGCGGCUGCUUCGCCUGCCUCCUGAUGCAGUGUGUGAGGUUGAAUAUCCUUGCCAGGCGGAACAGCGGUCCCCGGGCUUGGAUGUUGUGUCUGGGGGCGUUGGGGCUGUGGCUGGUGGAGGUGGUCAUCAACACUGAGUGGCUGAUCAUCACAGUGGUGCGUCACCCACAGGGGCCGCUCAACGCUACAGCCGAAACCAGCAGAGCCACGGCUACGCCUUGCAACAUUGCCAACGAGGACUUUGUCAUGGCGCUGAUCUACGUGAUGACCCUGAUCCUGGCUGUGGUGGUGGCGAGUCUGGCCAUCAUGGCGGGCAAACACAGUCAGUGGAAGAAGGAUGGCGCCUUCAUCCUUAUCACCAGCCUGUUCUCUGUGUGUAUCUGGGUGGCGUGGAUCGUCAUGUACGUCUACGGGAAUGAGAGGAGUGGGGGGCCCACAUGGGACGACCCCACCUUGGCCAUCGCCCUGGUGGCGAAUGCGUGGGUGUUCCUCAUCCUCUACACCAUCCCUGACAUCUGCAGUUUGACCGGCGAUGAUGAAAGCCAGCAAAGCUUUGGGGAGAUCGUGUACCCAAACCGAGACGUCGGCUACGAGACGAUCCUGAAGGAGCAGAGCUCUCAGAACAUGUUCAUGGAGAAUAAGGCUUUCUCCAUGGACGAACCAAACCAAGCGUCCAAGCCUGUGUCACCAUACAGCGGCUACACGGGUCAGCUGCGUGGGUCAGUCUACCAGCCCACUGAGCUGGCUCUCAUCAGCAAAGCAGUGGGAAAUCAGCCGCCGGACGUGUCCUAUGACAUCAUCAUUCCCCGAGCCUCCGCCAACUCUGCAGGCAACAGCGGGAGCAGCACCCCCUCGACACACACCGAGACCGCCAGCACUGCGUACGCACAGACAAACGGAAAUAGCGGGAAUGGUCUGCAUAGGACGUCCCAUUGGUGAACACGCUGCUCCUCUCAACACCUCGUCACAAUAACUUCACGUCUGUUCAUCUUCACUCUCUGACUGUAUGUUUGCUGUUCUCCAUGGUUCCCUAAGCUGGUUCUGAGAGGAACCCUCUGCCCAGACAUGUGGAGGUGAACACCAGGUCACCCCCGCUGAUGGAAAACACCUAAACCUUCUAUUGACUGCUUUCCAAUGUGCCGCUGGGUAUCAGACAGUAUAGAGCUUCAUUUGGAAGUCAAAGCGAGGGGAUGAAGCCGCGGCUUUGCUGCACAACAAAGACUUUUUGCAGUGGUCGCUCUGAGCUCUCUGCUGAAGAGUGACGGUGCUGACGAGACAAAAAUGACUGAAGAGAAUAGUUUGACUAAAUACUGGGAGUGUCUUUGGCCCACUAUGAUAUCCACACACACACAAACACACACACACACACACACACACACACACACACAC